AUGAUUGCUGUACAGUUUUUAUCCGUUCUCCCUUUUGUGUUCCUCCUGAUUAAAGGCAGUGAAGCCUGGACUUACAAUGUCUCCACAAAAGCUAUGAAUUAUGAUAAGGCAAGUCAGUAUUGUCAGCAAAGAUACACCCAUCUAGUAGCAAUUCAAAAUAAAGAUGAGAUUAACUACUUGAAUUCCAUAUUAAACUAUUCAUCAAGUUACUACUGGAUUGGAAUCAGAAAGGUCAAUGGUGUGUGGAUUUGGGAAGGGACCCAGAAGCCUCUGACCAAAGAAGCUGAGAACUGGGCUCCAGGAGAACCAAACAAUAUGCGAAAGAACGAGGACUGCGUGGAGAUCUACAUCAAGAGAGACAAGGAUGUGGGCAUGUGGAAUGAUGAGAGUUGCAACAAAAGGAAGCUUGCGUUGUGUUACACAGCUGCCUGUACUGAUACAUCCUGCAGUGGUCAUGGGGAAUGUGUGGAGACCAUCAAUAAUUAUACUUGCAAGUGUGACCCCGGCUUCAGUGGACUCAACUGUGAGCAAGUUGUGACCUGUGAAGCACAGAAAGCCCCUGAGCAUGGGAGCCUGGUUUGCACCCAUCCUUUGGGAAACUUCAGCUACAAUUCUUCCUGCUCCAUCUCCUGUGAAAAGGGUUACCUCCCCAGCAGCUCAGAGACCACACAGUGCACCUCCUCUGGAGAGUGGAGUGCUCCCACCCCGACCUGCAGUGUGGUUGAGUGUGAUGCUUUGACAAAUCCUGCCAAUGGAGCCAUGGAAUGUUCUCAAAGCCCCGGAAGCUUCUCAUGGAACACGACCUGUGCAUUUGACUGCAAAGAAGGAUUUGAACUGAUGGGAGCACAGAGCCUCCAGUGUACCUCAUCUGGGAACUGGGACAAUGAGAGACCAAUGUGUAAAGCUGUGACAUGUGGUGGCAUCAGCCAGCCUCAGAAUGGCUCUGUGAACUGUAGCCACUCCCCUGCUGGAGAGUUCACCUUCCAGUCAUCCUGCCACUUCACCUGUGAGCAAGGCUUCAAGUUGCAGGGACCAUCCCAAGUUGAAUGCACUGCACAAGGACAGUGGACGCAAAUCCCAACCUGUGAAGCUUUACAGUGCAAAGCUUUAUCUAGCCUGGAGAGAGGCUACAUGAAUUGUCUUCUUAGUGCUCCUGGAAAUUUCCAAAGUGGGUCCAGCUGUGAUUUCUCCUGUGAGCAGGGAUUUGUGUUGAAGGGAUCCAAAAGACUUCAGUGUGGCCUCACAGGGGAGUGGGACAGUGACAAGCCCAUUUGUGUAUAUACUGUGAAAUGUGAUGCUGUCAGCCAGCUCCAGAGUGGCUUGGUGAGGUGUACCCAUGCACCUACUGGAGAGUUCACCUACAAGUCCUCUUGUGCCUUCAGCUGUGAAGAAGGCUUUGAAUUACACGGAUCAGCUCAACUCGAGUGCACAUUUCAGGGACAGUGGAUGCAGGAAGUGCCCUCUUGCCAAGUAGUACAAUGUCCUAGCCUAGCAGUUGGUGGGAAGACCAACAUGAGCUGCAAUGGGGAGCCUGUGUUUGGUACCAUUUGUACAUUUGCAUGUCCUGAAGGGUGGUUGUUCAAUGGCUCUUCAGCUCUGAUGUGUGGUGCCACAGGAUCCCAGUCUGGGAUACUCCUCAGCUGUGAAGAUAAUACAUUGACUGAUGCUUCUGCUGAGUCCAGUGUUCCCUUGGCAGUUGGACUUUCUGCUGCUGGGACCUCCCUUCUGACAUUAGCAUCAUUUCUCCUCUGGCUUCUGAAACGCCUUCGGAGGAAAGCAAGAAAAUUUGUGCCUGCCAGCAGCUACCUAAGCCUGGAAUCAGAUGGAACCUACCAAACUCCUUCUGAGUUCAUUUAA